GUAUCCAGUGCAUCCUUUAUUCUCCUUCCAGGAUGAUGAUGUGACUGAGUAUUUUAGUUGGCGUGGGCGCAAGAGCAUUAUAAUCCACACCAGUUUUCUUGCAGACGCCUAGGUUGCCCUUCCUUUCUUGAACAGCCUUUCUUCCUAUCUCGGUAGGUACCUUUCCUUCUUUCCAAAACUUUUACAAUAAUGGCGUGAGUGUACAUCUGCAAUGCUUUAGAGGGGGGGGGAGGGAAUUCCAUCUGGGCCUGCUGCCUUCCUGGACUUCAGUAGUUUUGAUCGCGGCCAGGAUUUCUGCUUCCGUUUGAGGAUUGCUAUCCACUGGUAAAUCUGUGCGUGCUGUUGCGGGUAUUUCUGGGCGAGUUGUAGGCGAUAAUCGAGUCAAGAGUCCUUUAAUAAAGUGCUUUAUUUGUUUCUUCUCCUUGGUUACAUGGGUCCCUUGGUCAUGUUUUUUAAUUAGUUUUCAUCAUCUGCUUUGGUCUCUUCCCGCGUAGAGACCUUGUUAUUCGAUAUACUGUUCUGAGGUAUCUUUUGCAUGUGGCCUGUUUUGCUUCAGUUACCAGUGCGUCACAGAAUUUUCUUUUUGAUUUUUCCUCGCAUUCUUCUUCCCUUUUUUCAUUCUGUACAGUGUACACUGAACUUAGGUUUUCCUACUGUUGUCUCCAUCAUUGCAUUGAGUCAUCUUCUCUUUCACCACCAUCCUCCUGUCUUCUGUUAGCUUCCAGAACAUUUUUACAUCACCUUCAGAGAGCUGGUUCCAAUGUUCUUCCACGCAGGAUUCCUCAGUGAUACCACGUAGUGUGUCCGACUUUGAUGUGAUCAGAUAUAGUAUGCGCGCAUACCAAUGAAACAAUUGUAGAUUUAAGCCAACACUCGUUAUCCCCCUAUUACUCUCUAUCUCUCUGUCAACCAUCUGGCUGUAUUUUUCUUUCGCCAAGUUUUCUUCAUGAUUACUAACAACACCACAUUCAUAACAACAACGGCAAGUAAUAACCAUCCGUGUACACCCGCUACUACUGCUUCUACAACGAUCGCUACCAUAACUAGUUCUACUGCUACGGCUACUGCUACUACUCCAAAUAAUAAUAAUAACAGUAAUACAAUAAUAGCAAAAUUAACAGAUUGUGCAACUUACUUUGCUGUUGUUUCGGAUACUUGUGCAUUCAAUCGUAAUCUGUGCAAGAAUCGAUGCUCUCGAAUACCAUUUCUAGAUUUAGCUACGCAUAUCUCACAGCGACCUGCACCUUGGCUGCACCAGACUUACAGGGAGUAUUCAAGAGGUUCCUGUUGUGUAGGAGGACCAUCAUCUAAAGAUCCUCAUGUUUUUUUGAGAUAUCCACGUUACCGAUGGCAUUUAGACGAUCCGUCAUCAAGUAAAAAGCGUAAAACAGCUAACCAACGCUUGUGGUAUACAUUACAGAAUGGCUUAAAAGCUUUGGGAGUCCCACCUGAUUUAGUUCCUGUAGUCACUAGGCGAGCAUAUUCUAUUGCUGGAUUAUCGAUCCCAGUAAGUUUAGCUAACUACAGAGACUACACAGACGGGGGGCAUAAUUCCCGUGUUGUAUCAUCAUCUGUCAGUCAUGCAAUAGGAAUUAAUAAUAAUAAUAAUACUAAUAAUAAUUUGAACUUAUCUAUUGGCAUUGUUAGUCGGUCAUUCAGUGGGGCAACAACAAAUGCAUCACAACGAAAAAAUGUUUAUAAUAAUAAUAAUUAUGGUGAAUCUGAAUAUCAUGACACAUCAUCAACAGUAGUACUGCAUGAAGAUGAUGAAGUUUGUGCUCAUCGAAGUCGCGAUAGUUCAGGCUUUUUAAAUGGGGAUGUUGGUGGUGACGGUGGUGACGAAAUCAUGCAAUCAUUCGAUGGAUUAUUAUAUACAUUGAAUAAGCGUAAUAAAUUAAAUUCUGAUGAUUUCAUCUUAUCUGAUCGUAAAGACUUGCACAAUGAUGAUAGUCGUCAAAACAUGAUGCAUAUCAUUUCUUCAAGGAAAUCAGACUAUUGUAGAACUUAUAAUGAUUUGGACAAUAUCUCUGAAGAUUACUGUCAUGAAAAUGGUGGUGAUGUUGGUGAAUAUGGUCGUCAAUUGGAUGAAAAUGAUGAUGACGGAAUCAAUGGAAGUAUAAACGAUGGUGGUGAUAAUGACUGUGAGGAGAAUGUACAAUGGUGGUCGUCUACGAGUGGUAGUGGACGACGUUGUCGUCGUCUAGGUGGAGGAAAUAGAAAUGCAGCCAGUGAUGAUAGUGGCGCAGUUAGUCGAAGAGGUGGUAAACAUCGAUCUUCGGAUCUUCGAUCUGUGAAAAUGACUAAAUUCAUCAAUCGGAAAAUUGUUAAUCAAAAAGGCAGUCGUUCAUCUCAAAACUUUCCAGUGGUGGUCAAUAAUCGUUUAGGCGGGAGAAGAUUUGCUAAACGUCAUCAUCUUGGUCGAUCAUUUGCUGGUCGACUACGGACAAAUGAAUCUCACAUGGAUGAUGAUAUGUUGUCGUCCUAUGCCUACGCAACGAAAUCUAAUCCUUCUGUAGGACGUCGUGGUGGUAGUCGAGCUAUGACUCGUCUCGGUACAAGGCAUAUGGGGGAUAGUUUGAAAACACUUCAACAUUAUGGAAGUAUCCGAGAGAAAAUGAAUCAUUGCAAUGAAGAUCCUUGGGAUGAUAUUGUCGACAAUGAUGAACCAGGUUAUCAAUUGAAUGCUCCAUCCCUGGUGGUGGUACAUGACAAGUGUCGUGAUUCUCAGACCUUCGUCGAUUGUCAUUCUUCUAGUGAUCAAUUCAAUGCUUUAAAAAAUAAUACUUAUUCUGCUUCAUCUUCAUUUUCAUCAACACAUUCAUCCUAUCCUCCUCCUAGUACACUUCCUCCGCCUUAUCAGCAUCAUCCUUCAUCGUCAAUAUAUGCAGUGAACUUAUCGAAUCAUUGUUUUCCUGAGUGUUUCAGUAGUAGUAGUUCCCCUGUGGUGUUAUCUCAGACGAAAUUCAUUCAAUCUUGUGUUACACCAAUGAAUUGGUCUAACACCUCAUUUGCAAAUCAGUCAAAUAUGAGUUCAUUAUCUUCACACACAUCAACAUCAAUGAAUAUGAAUUUGUCAUCAGUAUCAUCUUCAUGUAUUGUACCAUCAUCAUCGUCAUUGUUGUUGUCGUCGUCGUCUCCAUCAAUAGAUUCAACUCAGACAAUGGAAGAAUUAAACACGGGAUAUUUUUUACACCGGUGUUCAGAUCCUCGUCCUCCUUCGACGAACAACAGCAACAACAACAAUAAUAAUGAAUAUCUUAUCAUGCCUAUCGGUGAAUUUCAUCGUGGGAAUAUGUCUAGGCAAUCGGACAGUUGUAUAGAUAAUAAUAAUAAUAAUAAUAAUAAUAAUAAUAAUUGUAUCGAUGUAUCAAUGAAUCGAGGCAGUUCACUUCCACUUCCAGUGAUUGCCGAUUAUUCACAUAAUAAUAGUAGUAGUACAACAUCUGGUAAUAAUAAUAAUAAUUCAAUAAGCACUGUGAGCCAUCUCACUUUCAGCAUUAAUGACACUAAUAAUAACAGUAAUAAUAAUAAUAAUAAUAAUAAUGGACGAGUAGUAGUUGGUGAUUUACAGACGAUUGUCAAUCCUCAGCAGACAACAACAGCUGUUGUUGCUGCUGCUGCUACUACUACUACUACUACUACUACAGUCACAUUUUUUAUUUGUGAAGUCUGCUCAUCGAGAUAUCGAUCUACAGCUGGAUUACGCUAUCAUUAUCAUAGUCAACAUUCAGGUUAUACACCACAGAAUCCAAUAUCUGCAUCUGCUGCACGAUUAGUUGUACCAAUUGGUGAAGAAAGAGGUAUGGGUGUUGGUGGUGGUCUUCGCGGUGGACGACCAAGAAGACAUAGAGGCUCUACAGCUUCAUCAAAAUCUCGAGAUAAAUUGAUCAAUUCACACUAUUCCAGUGAUUAUCAAGGAUCAACUGAACAAGAAGGCGGAUCGAACAGUUUCUUGUCAUCCCAUUAUUCUAAAGUCGCUAGUCAAUCUUCAAAUUCUGCCUAUUCACCACCAUUGUCAUCAUCUCAAAUGAGUAAACGUGGACAACACACUGUUAGUACAGUGAAUCGUAUGGAUUGUAAACCACUGACGACAGACUCUUCUAGAUCGAUGAUGAUUGUUGAACCUAAGCUAGUUGAGAAUUUAAUUGUAAAUCAUCAAGCAUCGUUGAAAUAUUAUAAAGAGGAGGAGAAUAUGCCAGCUAAUCAUCAUUUCAAUUCAACUGAACCAGCAGAUGACAAUGAGUUAGACAUCAAUAAUAUUAAUUUCAUGCGACCUGUGAUAAUUAAAAAGUCUUCAACUUUCAUGAAGAAUAAUAAUAAUAAUAACGCUAGUGGGGAUUGUUUAUCUCAGUGUUCUCUAUCAUCAGUGACUACUACACCCAAUUCAUUAAUAAUUAUGAAUAAUAGCGCCAUAGCGCCAUCAAGAUAUCAAAUAAUGGACUAUAAUACUAACAGUUAUAGCGGUGGUGGUGGUGGUAGUAGCAACAAUAGUAGUAGUGGUGGCAGUGGGGUUGGUGCUGGUCACAUACCACAUUCAAAUAUUCCUCCUCCUGUACAACAGCACAACAGUUCACAUUUAUCAUUAAUAAAUUCUUCCUCUGAAAUGCAUUUCAGUAAUAAUAAUACUGCUGACACUACUACUGUCAGCAAUAAUAAUAGUCAUAGUAGAUGUCAUCCACAGUUCCCGUAUUCCUCUCAUCCUCCUCAUUCUUAUGCAUCGUCAAUGAAACCAUCUCCACAUGGCAACUGGUGGAAUUCUCAACAUCUUAGUUAUAAUCAAUUAGCCUAUACGUCUUCUUCUUCUUCUUCCGUAGUCUCCACCACUUCUAGUAUUCCAAGUAACUAUAAUUCGUUUCCCGCACUGUCUCAACCACUAACACCACAACAACAACACCCUUCAAUAACAUUUAAUCGUAUCAGUCCACAACAAAGACGUUAUGAAAGACAAAACUGUCGUGAUAGUAGACGACUUGGUGGUUUAGUACGGUCAUCUGUUAACCCGUCAACUUCUUCAACCACAACUGCGUUAUCAUCAGUUCCCAUAUGCGAUUAUUGUCUAGGCAGCGAGGCAAUAAAUCCACGUAUAGGUCACUCAGAAGGUAUGCUACAUUGUUCCAGAUGUGGACAUUAUGGUCAUUAUACAUGUCUACGCUUAUCGCCACACGUAAUUGAAGCUGCUGUACGUUAUCCAUGGCAGUGUAUAGGAUGUAAAACAUGUUGGUUAUGUGAUCAAGGUGAUCAAGAGGAUCGUAUGAUAUUUUGUUGGGAUUGUGAUCGUGUAUUCCAUGCACACUGUCUUCGAUCUCGUUUACCUCGUAGUCCUGAUACCCAUUGGACCUGUGAUAUAUGCAUACAUGAAUUAUACAACAGCAAUAAUACUAAGUUGUCUUUUGAACAACGUACACAUUCAAAUUCAGGAUAUGACCCGUAUUCAAACAACAAUAAUAGUGGUACCAACAGUAAUAGUCUGAAUCAAAUUCACAGUGUUGGAGGAGAUGGAUACUUUACCACUGUACAGCAUCAUGCUCAUAACAUCCCUCGUUCAUAAAUAAACCAACUGUUUUUUACCCUGUUUUCUUUCUUUCUUUCUUCUUAUUUCUACCCCACACACCCACUUUUUGUGGUUUUAUAUUGCAAUGUAUACUUGCUCACUGUUAUAUUACUGUUAUAUUUUGGCUGUUGUAGCAAUUCGUUUCUUUUUUGUUUCUUGAUCAUGUAUCUUUUCGAUUGACUAUAAAAUCAUGCUUUUCCACAAUGAGUAUUAUACUAAUCUAUAUUCUGGAUGUUAGUUAAUUACUGGUCAAUAAUGAAUGCAGUCUUUCACCAACAAGUGAUACGGCAUUCAUUGAAUUUUUAUGCCGAAUUCAUGUUUAUCCAUCAACGAAUCUUUCUUCUUGGUUUCUACUAGGCGUGCAUUUCUUCUCGUCUUGUAGUAGCUUUUUCUGUCGAACACCCACACAACCAGACACAUACAUAUACACUAACUAAUUAUUUUUGCCGCUAGAAAUCAACUGAUGACUCACUACUCACUAGAUUUGUGAUCGUUUCUUUUUUGGACCAAGUUAGGAACUGAAUUCUCUCUCUCUUUCUCUCGUUUUGUCUAUUUGAAGCUGAUGAUGAUUAUAUUUCCAUCGUAUAUGACAAUUAGAUCUUUAAAUUUGAAAGCUUUUCAUUCACUCAUACAUACGUAAACUUGUAAUACAAUCAACGUUCCAGUAUUAGAUAUCUGUAAUAAAAGUUGUACUUGUGCAAUGAAUUCUUAUUUGUUUGCGUUUUUUUUAAAUUGGGCACAAUAAUUGCAACUAUUCAGUGAAUAAAUAGCUCAAUGUGGUCAACGAGCACUAACAUGCAUUCGUAUGUUAUUACUCUUAUGUUUUUCUGUGUUGUUGUCAUUGCACUUCUUUUGCAUAUAUAUAUAUAUAUAUAUAUAUAUUGAUUUUUCCCCACUGAUUUCUUUGCUUCCGUGUUCUUCCUACCACUUUCAUUUUUGUUCUUAUUUUCAUUGAGGGAGAACUUCCUCAAGGUUACGUCUUUGGAAUAUACAUACAUAUGUAUCGCAAUCUUUCAUUGUUCCCUCUGAGUUCUGUCAUGACUAUUAUCGCAAUGUAUUAUAUAUAUAUACCACUGUGGUAAAACAAUAUAAAAUAGGGAUAAAAUGAUAAAGAGUUCAAAUCUUGGCCGAUUUCCGCCUGAAAUAAUGCGACUGAUACGUUAAAUACCAUAAGCCAUAAAAAUAAUUUAUAUAUAUAUAUAUAUAUAU